GGUGGGGAAGACCUCACUGAUGAACCAAUAUGUGAAUAAGAAGUUUAGCAAUCAAUACAAGGCUACAAUUGGGGCUGAUUUCCUGACAAAGGAAGUGCAGUUUGAGGACCGACUCUUUACGUUACAGAUAUGGGACACUGCUGGUCAAGAAAGAUUUCAAAGCCUUGGGGUUGCCUUUUACCGGGGUGCUGAUUGCUGUGUGCUUGUUUAUGACGUCAAUGUGAUGAAAUCAUUCGACAAUCUAAACAAUUGGAGGGAAGAGUUCUUGAUUCAGGCAAGCCCAUCAGAUCCGGAAAACUUCCCAUUUGUUGUAUCUGAGAAAAAGGCUCGGGCAUGGUGUGCCUCAAAAGGGAAUAUUCCCUAUUUCGAAACUUCUGCAAAAGAAGGCACCAAUGUUGAAGAGGCUUUCCAGGUCAUUGCUAAGAAUGCUCUCAAAAGUGGAGAAGAAGAAGAAAUAUACUUGCCGGACACAAUCGAUGUUGCAAGCAGCAGUCAACAAAGGUCAACCGGUUGCGAAUGUUGAAAUUGGGGUUCUCCACAAUGUAAGAGACCUCUUGGAAAGUGCAAGAACAAAUUUGUCAUCCUUGUGUCUUUCUGUGUUGUCUUAGCUGUACACUAUUUGGUCCUAUUGUAGAGUGAAUUUCAUCUCAUGGAUAUUCGUUUGCUUUAUUUUAUUCACCGGGCUCAUAUUGUCGAUUGUUAGAACUGUUGUUUGUGUAAAGACUUCGAAUGUUGUUUCAAGUUCUUUCCUUUGAACACACUGUUGUUGCAACUGUUUUGUCAAAAUCUCUUUCUUUUGAACACGCUAUUGUUGCAACUGUUAUGGAAUUUUUUCUCUG